AUGGCAGCACCGUUCUUCUCACCUGCUGCAGAAAUGCCUGGAAGCCAGUACCAGGUGACGAGCACCAAGCGUCACCACAGUGUCUACAGCCUGACGGACAGCUCUGAUGUCGGCCCAGAGGAAGAGGAGGCCGACGCUUCGCUGCGCCUCACCCCUCUGCAGAAGCUCACCACUGACAUGUGCAAGGACGAGAAUACCAUCAAGGAGCUGAUCAUAGGUCGCAGGGUGGGCUUCUACAAGGUCCGUGGGGAGAUUGGCUGUGGGACCUUCUCCAGGGUCAAACUGGCUUUCCAUGCUUUGACUAAAGACAAAGUGGCCCUGAAGAUCCUGGAUAAGACCAGGUUAGACACUCAGGCCCAGCGUCUGCUCUCCAGGGAGAUCAGCAGCAUGGAGUGCCUCCAGCACCCCAACGUGGUCCAUCUGUAUGAGGUGGUGGAGACACCGAGCCGCCUCUACUUGGUGCUGGAGUACGCAGGAGGAGGAGACCUCCACAACAGGAUCUGCAACGAGGGAAAACUGUCCGACAACUCCAGCAAGAUCACCUUUGCACAGAUCCUCUCUGCCAUCAAAUACAUGCACAACAUCAACGUCAUCCACCGGGACCUGAAGGCGGAGAACGUUCUCUUCACCAGCAGCGGCUGCGUGAAGGUGGCGGACUUUGGAUUCAGCACGCGGGUCUCAAACCGCAACGACAGCCUCGACACCUUCUGUGGCUCGCCGCCCUACGCCGCCCCGGAGCUCUUCAGGGAUGAGUGCUACCUGGGCCCCCCCGUGGACGUCUGGGCCAUGGGCGUCCUGCUUUUCUUCAUGGUGACCGGGACCAUGCCAUUCCGUGCUGAGACCAUGGGGAAGCUGAGGCGCAACAUCAUUGAAGGCGCCUACACUGUCCCUCCCUGGGUGCCUGGCCCCUGCCAGAGGCUUAUCAAGGGUAUCUUGAAGGGGGUCCCUGCCGAGCGUUACGCCGUCGACCAGAUGCUGGGCUGCGAUUGGCUCUUACCUGUGGAGUUCCCCUGGUCGUUGGUGCCUCCUGAACCAGUGAGCCCUCUGCAGAGCCUGCUGGACUUGGAGAGUGGGGACCUGGAGGAGGAGGAGGAGGAGGUCAGGAGCUCUCUGGAGGAGCUAGGCUUUACGGCGGAGCACCUACGGAACAAUCAGCUCAAAGACAGUCGCAGCCCCGUCACCGGGGUUUAUCGGAUCCUGCUGCACCGAGCCCAGAAGAGGAGGGGCUACGACUGUCCCCCAGUGGUCCGAGGGAUGGUCAGGGACCCCAAGAGGGAGGGGCUCCGGGCUUACAGGGGCCUCAGACACACCUCUAAAUUGUGUGUGCUUUCAUAACAGACUAGUAGAGGCACA